AUGCCACAGGCCAAAACCAUUGCGAUCGUCAAUGCCACCGGCCGUCAAGCCGCGUCCCUCAUCCGCGUCGCUUCGGCCGUCGGAUACGCCGUGCGCGCCCAAGUCCACACCCUCGAGGGCGUCAUCCCCCAGGAGCUCGCCAGCCUGCCCGGCGUCUCGCUCUUCCAGGGCCCGCUGCUCAACAAUGUCGCCCUCAUGAACACCCUCUUCAAGGGCGCCACCCACGCCUUCAUCAACACCACCUCCCAGGCUGGCGACGAGGUGGCCAUCGGCCGCGCCCUCGCCGACGCCGCAAAGCGCGCAGGCUCCAUACAGCACUACGUCUACAGCAGCAUGCCAGACCACUCCGUCUACAACCCAAACUGGAUCAGCCUGCCGCUCUGGAGCUGCAAGUUCGCCGUCGAGAACUACGUGCGCCAGCUGGGGCUGCCUGCGACCUUUGUGUAUGCGGGCAUAUACCACAACAACUUCACUAGCUUGCCCUACCCGCUGUUCUGCAUGGAGCUGAUGCCCGAUGGAGGCUUCGAGUGGCGCUCUCCCUUUCUACCUGACAUUCCGCUGCCUUGGCUGGACGCUGAGCAUGACGUUGGGCCGACGGUGCUGCAGCUCUUCAAGGACGGCCCUAAACGCUGGAACGGCGACAGAAUUGCGCUGGCUUUCGAGACGCUGACGCCACGCCAGGUAUGCGCUGCCUUCUCCCGCGCCCUCCAGCGUCCCUGCAGAUACACCUGGUGCCCCAAGGUCGAGAUCAAAGUGUCCGUCCCCUCCGGCUACCGCGAGCAGCUGGAAGGCAUCGAGAUCCUCUUCGGCCAGAUGAAGGCGCCUUACUUCCCCAACCCGGAGUUCCACACUCCCGCGCGUCUGGCGGGCUCAGAGAAGCCUGUCCUGCUGGAGCCAGGGCCGGACGGGGUGGUUCCUUCGCCUGUGGUCGACGAGGCGCGCAGUCUGUGGGAAGGAUGGCGGAGCAUGGAGGAGUAUGCGCGCGAGGCCUUUCCCGUCGAGGAGGAAGCCAACGGCCUGGACUGGAUGCUGUAG